AGCAGCUCUACAGCCGAGCUGUCUGUCCGUCAUCAGAGCAUCACGACAAACAGUAAGAGUUCGCCAUGAAACAAGUCUGAGUAGGCCUACACUUUCUUUAGACCUUGCUAGUGGGAGCCGGCCUCCCUUCACUUCGCACUACCAUGGCUUCAACUGCCCCAUCAUACGAACUACUGGAGACAGUAGGCCAGGGAUCCUUUGGUUCGGUCCACAAAGCUCGCCACACCACCUCCGGCCAGGUCUUCGCCGUAAAGAUCAUCGACCUCGAAGCAGACGACGACACUGGGAGCAUCGUCGACAUCCAACGCGAAGUCGCUCUUCUCAGGCAGGCACGAGAUGGCCCAAAUAUUAUCAAGUACUACGAAUGCUUUCUGUACGGUUCACAAGUUUGGAUCGUUCAGGAGUUCGCACAGGGAGGUAGUGUCACGGAUCUCAUGAAUGCAUCUCCCACCAAGACGCUUGAGGAGCAAUACUCAGCCGUCAUCAUGCGCGAGGUCCUUGUCGGGCUCGCAUUCCUGCAUAACUCAUCUAUCAUUCACCGCGAUAUCAAAGCGGCCAACAUCCUCGUCGUCUCGUCUGGCCAUGUCCGAAUUUGUGAUUUCGGCGUCUCUGCUCUCCUCUCGACCACGAAUAGUAAGCGUACGACCUUCACGGGGACUCCAUAUUGGAUGGCACCGGAGAUCGCUCGUCCUUCACCGGCUUACGACUCUAAGGUCGAUAUUUGGAGUUUAGGGAUCAUGCUGUAUGAAAUCAUCAAGGGUGCCCCUCCACACUUCAACAUGGAUAGGUUCAAACUCAUCGAGAUGCUCCCGAGGCUCAAGCCCGCUCGAUUCGCAGAGAACGAAGUGUCGAAGGAGGCCAGAGAAUUUCUUGCGCGAUGUCUAGUCGAGACCGCCCCAGAGCGAGCCACCGCCGAAGAGCUGCUCAAGUUGAAGUGGAUCAAAUCCGUACCAGCCUCAAAGUAUCCGGUAUCCGUGCUAGAACCACUUCUCAUCCGGUAUAGAGCCUCCAAAGCCGAGAAAGCUAGUUUGAGCGGCCUUCCACAGACGCUGGCGGAAGAUGACGAUGCAAGACCUACCUCUUGGGCUUUCAACACACUAAACAGUGUCCAUCGUCCUGACGACGACAAUGCUCUCGAUCAUGCCCCAGAUAUCUCCGCUACCGUAACUCCUUCGACACACAACCCUCUUCCCAACUCAUCGCGCCACGCUCCACCAUCAUUCCGCCAUCUCUUCGACUACGACUAUGAAGCCUCGCCACCCGACGCCUCUGACUUCAUCAUGGACAACUACUUCCGAUCUGUUUCCCGGGCCAGCCUGACAGAAGAGGCAUGUCAGGAUACAGACACCAGGACUGCGGAUGCGCAUGCGAGUAUAUCGAGCGACAAGACCGUUCGGCCUGGAGAGGUCGCGCCUAGUGGCACUGGGCCACACAACACUACCCGCCUUACUGGCAAUACACCAAACUCCGAUUUUUUGCGUGCUCCUACGGACUUGGUGGACUCGCAAUCAGCGCCUUCCAGCUCAGAACCACCAUCACCAUCUCAAUUCCCGUUCGAUCUUCCACAGACGCAGACACAGAAUGAGUCGUCAUCAUCGCCGGUACAGACGCAGUUCCAGAAGCUGUUGCCAUUGACGCCGGUUUCUCCGUUUGACCCCACCUUGUUAGCUUCAACGCGAGAUACAGACGCCGAAGGUCAACUCCAGACGCGGGACGUCCCUCCAUUACCAACUCUCCUAAUCCCAACUUCAUCUCCUAUUCCAUCUCUAUCUUCAUCAUUCUUACAUGGGCUUGAUUCCGGAACAUAUGUAUCAUCACCGCAGACGAUAGAAUCUGCAUCACCCUUGAAUAUGAAUAUUCAGGGGAACACUACGAAUACUACCACGCCUAGUUCUCUCCCGAAAGAACAACCACUUUCGGGGUAUCAUUUCCCCUCGUCCUUCUCUACUCCCUCACCCCACCGGCCUAUCCCUUUCAUGCGCCCACGAUCUCCUCUUAUACAUUCAUACUCGGAACCACCGCCUCUGGCAGCCUAUCCCGCCUCCACUUCCGCACCCUAUCCAUCCGAAUCUUACCCCCUUCCACAAGCCGAACCUUCCCAGCCUCUGAACGAACCCUCCGCGCUCGACUCGCCCUUCCAACUCAACGUCCCCAUGCCCCACGAACCAACCGAACCCCUCCCACUCUCAUUCUCACUCGACCAACUCCUCGAAGCCCAAGGCCCCGCCAUCCGUCCGAUAGACUACGCAGCGUUAGAUUCACAAGAGAAGGUAUGCAGGGAGUUGGCGUUUGUCGUUGAUGACCUGAGGGAUUGGUUGGCUGUGGUGGAGAGGGGGCUGGGCGAGGUGUUGAAUGUUACGGCGGCGGGGUCGGUGCAAGUGAGUGAGCUGGGGAUGGGGGCGGCGGUGCCGGAGGUUGAUGAGGUUGGGUGGUGAUUUAUCACGAUUCAGGGAGUGGGGGGGGUUGUGGAUAUUUUAUAACAUACUAUGGAUCUUUGGAAGGAUGUACAUUAUUUUCAAUUGCUAGGGUGUAAUAGAUGGGUUCUCGAUGUGGCGGCCCCGUGGGCUCCAACAUUUC